AUGAAUAGCUCUUCUUAUUUUGAACAAUUUAACAUAGUGUGAAUGUUUGGUUUUACGAAUUCAACAAUAAUGAUGACUUUUGUAAUUAUUGUUGUUUUAUUACUUUUUAAAGGAAUUGAAUUAAUUCCAAAAAGAUGGCAAUCGGUUUAUGAAUAUCUAGAAAAUUAUUUUUAUUAUAUAACAGUGCAAAAUUUAGGAAAUGUGGGUUUAAUAUAUUUUUCUUUUAUUGUUUCACUUUUUGUUUUUUUAGUUUUUUUAAAUAUUUUAGGUUUAUGUCCUUAUGUCUUCACACCGACAACCCAUAUUGUUAUUACGCUUGGAUUUUCUUUUUCUAUUGUUAUUGGAGUUACUUUUUCUGGAUUUUAUAAAUUUAAAAAAGACUUCUUUAGCAUUUUAAUGCCUAGCGGCGCUCCUUUAAUUUUAGCGCCACUUUUAAUUUUAAUAGAAACAGUAAGUUAUAUUUCUCGAGCUGUUUCUUUGGGCAUUCGUUUAGCAGCAAAUCUUUCUGCCGGGCAUCUUUUAUUUGCAAUUUUGGCAGGAUUUGGUUUAGUUUUUAAAUUAGCAAUGUCUAUAAUGGUGUUUAUUACGUUAUUGGAGGUGGCCGUUGCGGUUAUCCAAGCGUAUGUGUUUUGUCUGCUGACAUUAAUUUAUUUAGCAGACACAAUUUUUUUACAUUAA